UUACGCUGUCAGAAGAACUAUCAACGAAGCCAACUAAUAAACAAUAAAAAGUACAUCAGAUGCUCUGUAGUUGGUUUCAGAAACCCAAAUGAUCCAUUUCCAGAUAACCUCUCAACACAUCAUAUUAUAUUGAACAAACUUCAUGCAACUGGAAUGGAGAACAAAACCAAUGGAUCAGUGGAAGCCAAGCCUAAGGUGGAGAAUGGACAGCUGCCGGAUCCUGCUGACUGGGCGGUUACUGAUGUCGUUAACUAUUUCAAAGCUGCAGGAUUUGAAGAGCAGGCUACUGCUUUCCAGGACCAGGAAAUCGAUGGAAAGUCUUUGCUUCUGAUGACGCGGAACGAUGUCCUGACAGGCCUGUCCAUCAAACUGGGGCCAGCACUGAAGAUCUACGAGUACCAUGUGAAGCCACUCCAGACCCAGCAUCUGAAGAGUAAUGCUAAUGCAUCAUAGCAUCACCCCAUGCUCUUCCAUGUGCAACAGGACAGUCAUCUAUGGAGGGUUGAGAGGCUGGACGGAGAGACCAGGCUGAAGACAUUUAUGGACAGCAGAAGAUGGUGCUUAGAAAACGUAUUUGCAUCCUUAUGCAAUGUCAAUGUACUUUUACUUGAAGUGAUGACCGAUGCCAAAUGGUUUACGCCGUGAAAUUAAUUUACAAAAGACAUGGCAGUGAUCAUACGGUUUUUAGUUAACUGAGUGAUAUUGGUUUAUGAAAGUAAGGACUUGAUUCCUUUAUUUGAAUACAAUUAUUUUACAGGUCUUAAAGUACACUGUACAGGUUUAUUUUAUUUUUUUCUAAGUUUGUUUCAAAAUAUUCUAAUCAAGCAUGCUACUGAAGCGGAUUCAACCGAAUUGGUUAAUUUAGGAGACAGUCCUUUUCAGAUGGACGCAAAGGUGCACUAGAUGUCUGACCUGCUGAUAAAUGUCCUAACCUUGUCUUGAUAUUUUCAUUAUAUACAAACUUUUGAACACGGUUUUGAUUUCAGAAAAAAAUGCAUGGUAAUUAAUUUGAGGAAAUGUGUUUGAAGCAGUCUUAGAAUUACUGCUCCUCCAUCACUGAAUUUUUUCCCUAAUGAGCCACUAUGAAUAUUAGAUGAUCAAAUCAGUAUCUUUAAGCAUCAUGUACAUCAAUGAUCUAUUUAAAGUGAUGCUCUGGGAACUCUGUAUAAUUUCAGCCUGUAGUUUUGAAAGUGGUGCUUACAAGUGGUGCUAACAAGCCAAAAUGGGUCCCCGUUUUGUGUAGUUACAAAUUUGUGCAUAAGAUCCCAGACUGCAUAUUUAAGCACUUGGGGGUGGGGAAUAUAGGUUAAUAAGUGUUCUUUGAUUUCCUUAUUUACCAUAUUCUGUCAUCUUAAAAUGGUGGCUUUUUUUAUUGAUAUGGAUGUUUAAUUAAAAGUAGUAGUCUUUCCCUUUUGUAUUGUUAAGGUGCUCUGUUUGCAUUCUGUUAUGAAAUAAACUACUUGCAUCUUUAA